GCGUGAGGCCAACAACGUGUUUGGCUACAAAAACGCAAUUGGGCGAAUUUUAUUCUGGUUUUUACCAAAAAAUAGUUGUAAAACAGCACUUUCUUGUGCUUUCUCAUCGAAACCAAGAUGGUUCGUCACAACAAUCAGUUGCCCGACAAUUUGCCGCAGCUGCAAAAUCUUAUAAAACGUGAUCCCGAUUCAUACAAGGAUGAUUUCCAUCAACAGUAUCAGCAUUUCCUUAGUAGUUUGGAAGUGUUUGCCCUCAAUCCUAGUGAGGAGAACAAAUCUUUAGAUGAACUGAUUAUGUUUAUAGCGCAGGUCGCGCAAUGUUAUCCAUCUGAAUGUGAAAAAUUCCCACAACAUCUAGUGGACCUGUUGAAAAAUCAUGCUACAACAUUGGAUCCUAUUAUGCGCAAUUGCUUCGUUAAGGCUUUGAUAUUGAUGCGUAAUAAGAAUUUGAUACCAGCUAUUGAUUUGUUGGAAUUGUUCUUUCAACUUUUAAGCUGUCCUGAUAAGAACUUGCGUUCUUUCCUACAAACACAUAUCAUAAAUGAUAUAAAAAAUAUGAAUGCCAAGCACAAAGAUAUGAAACUUAACUCGACAUUGCAAAAUUUCAUGUACUCCAUGCUGAAAGAUGCCAACCCAAAGGCUGCCAAGAUGUCAAUAGAUAUUAUGAUUGAGUUAUAUAAAAAGAAUAUUUGGAAUGAUGAAAAAACCGUUAACGUUAUAGCAACAGUGGGCUGCUUUUCAAAAAUAAUGAAGGUGCUUGUGGCAUCUUUAAAAUUCUUUUUAGGACAUGAUGAAGAUGAAAAGGGUUCCGAUGAUUCCGACAGUGACAACGAAGUAGACCUCAAAGGUGCUAUCAUGCAAAAUCGUGUUAAUAAAAAGACAAAGAAGCGGAAGAAGCAAUUAGAACAAAUUAAAAAGCAAGCCGUAAAAGCGCAGAAGAAAAAGAAGAAUGCGCCGGCUUUCAAUUUUUCUGGCAUUCACUUAGUGCAUAAUCCCCAAGGCAUGGCCGAGGGUCUUUUCAAACAACUGCAAUCAACAAACGAGCGCUUCGAGGUCAAACUGAUGCAUUUGGAUGUUAUCUCACGUCUGAUUGGUAUACAUGAGCUAUUCUUGUUCGGUUAUUAUCCAUAUAUUACCAGAUUCCUGCAACCACAUCAACGACAAGUCACACGCAUAAUGCAGUUCGCGGCACAAGCCUCCCAUGAGUUGGUGCCUGGCGAUAUUAUAGAACCAGUUUUGAAAACAAUUGCUAAUAAUUUCAUUACAGAACGUAAUUCUAGCGAUGUUAUGGCCAUUGGUCUAAAUGCAACACGCGAAAUAUGCAUGCGCUGCCCCUUGGCUAUGGGAGAGGAUCUAUUGCGAGAUUUGGCUAUGUACAAAACGUACAAAGAGAAAUCUGUUAUGAUGGCCGCACGUUCACUUAUUAUGCUAUAUCGUGAACAGUUGCCGGCAUUGCUGCAUAAAAAAGACCGUGGUCGCCUAACAGAAGCACAAGCAGAGCGCAAAAUUCGCGCUUAUGGUGAGGUGGAAGUGCACGAAACGAUACCUGGAGCAGAAGCUUUGCUUAAGAACUCCAAAGAAAUCGAUUUGGGAAGUGAUGAUGACAGCGAUAGUGACUCCAAUGACGGAGAAUGGGUAAAUGUUUCUCACAGUGAAGAUGAAGGUGCAAAUGUGGAAGAUGAUGAUGAAGAAGAGAGUGGUGAUGAAGUUGAAGAAGACGAGGAUGAAGAUGAAAGUGAAGAGGAGGAUGAGGAUGAUGAAAAUGAAGACGAGGAAGAUGAAAGUAAGGAUGAGGAUGGUGUAGAAGACGAAAACUCAACGAAGACACAAGGUGGCGAACCGUUGAAGAAGAACACAAAUCGUAAGGAUGGUGAGAAAAGUAAAGAAAAAGAUGGUGUUCAAGUUCUUGACGUUAAAGAGGCAGCUCAAGAAUUAGCUAUGACACGUAUUUUCACCGAUGAAGAUUUCAGGCGCAUCAAUGCCGCGCAGCUCAAGAAAACGGUUACAAAUGCUCGUAAAAGACCACUAGAAAAAGACCGCGCAGAAUUUGUAAAAUUAAAUAGCAUUGAAAUGAUUUACAAAAAGCGCAAACACGACAAAGAGUCAAGAUUAGAAACAGUAAAAGCGGGGCGUGAGGGUCGUGAAAAGUUUGGUUGGAAGGACGGACGGAAGAACGAAAAUAGUUCCAAAACGAACCGAGAAAAUCGCAAACGCAAGAACUUUGUGAUGAUGCGACAUAAGGCACGUUCGAAGGUGAAGAAAAGCUUCCGGGACAAGCAAAAGGCGAUGAGAAAACAUUUACUACAUCAAAAGAAAAUGAAAUAAGGGACUUCGCGGUAUAUAUUUUGUUUGUGUAUAUAAUUAUGCAGUUGGAAUAAACUAAAUAUAAGUAAAA